AGCGAGCGAGAGCACGGGAGAGCGAGCGAGCCACUGCUCGCAGUCCUCGAUUGCUACCGAAGAACCUCGGCGUCUCGCCGCUUGUUACUGGCAAUGUUUACGGUGACGGAGGUCGCGUCGCUGAGCGACUCUCAGCCGGCUUACCGCAUCCUCAAGCCCUGGUGGGACGUGUUCCUCGACUACCUGGGCAUCGUCAUGCUUAUGCUGUCCAUCUUCGCCGGCACCAUGCAGUUCUCACGCGACCCGCUCUGCUGCCUUCCCAAGCUGGACGAGAACGUGACGUGUCUCUCCGACUCGGCCAUACAGAAGUCCCUGCUGGCCACGGCCUCGCCCAAUGCGCCAACAAAAGAUUCUAGUCCCAGUGGCAGACAAACGGGAUGGAAUACAUGCAAUACAUCUUCGUGAAUCAGAAAUGCUACCACGAUGUUCUGCCUUGGAUAUCCAAGUACAUGCCUUUCCUUGCCUUAAUUCACACGGUCAUCCUGAUGGCGAGCAGCAACUUCUGGUUCAAGUAUCCCAA